AUGAGCGUUGUCAAUUCUUGGAUCAAGGUUAAUGGAAUUGGUGCUUCGCUACAGCUGACAAACGAAGAGGCGACGGAGGCGGCUCGCCGAAUCCACAAUGCAGUAGACGCUGCCACUCUGGUCUCGGAGAGCCCGGGUGUCUACAGCGAAGAUUACGGCGAUGAGGAAAGCAGCGACGAAGAGAGCUCUGACGGGGACAACAUUGCGGACAGCGCUGAGAACCUGUACUGA